AGGCACUGCAGGCUGGGCCCGGCUGAGCAGCUCAGUGUGUGCGGCGGCCAUGGCUGGGGGCGCGUGGGGCUGGGCCCAGGGGGCCCCCGUGGGAGCCCUAACCCUGACGGCUCUGGCUGAAGGGAUCCGGGCCAGCCAGGGGCAGCCCCCGGGACCCCCUUCCACCGGCCCUCAGCCCGAACCUGAGCUUGAACGCGGGGUAGAGCCUGGGCGGGCAGCCGCCAUUCCCCCAGCUGGCAGUGAGCCCUUCUCCCAACCUCCUGCCCAGGAGCCAGCCCCUGAGGGACCUGGUCGUUGUCUGACUCCCCAGAGUUCCUUGGAAGAGGGGGCCCUUGCAGACCUGGCGGCGUACACGGCUGCCUGUCUGGAAGAGGCUGGCUUUGCGGGAACGCAGGCAACAGCACUCACCCUGUCCUCAGCCCUGGAGGCCCGCAGGGAGCGGCUGGAGGACCAGGUGCACGGCCUUGUGCGAGGGCUGCUGGCACAGGUGCCCAGCCUGGUGGAGCGGAGGCCCCAGCGGGUGGCCCUGCGAGUGCUGAGCACGCUGGCCCUGGAGCACUCUCGGGACGUGGUGUGCGCACUGCUGCCGUGCUCACUGCCCCCUGACCGGGCGGCAGCCGAGCUUUGGCGCAGCCUGAGCCAGAACCAGCGCGUGAAUGGGCAGGUGCUGGUGCAGCUGCUGUGGGUGCUAAAGGGCUCGGCCAGAUCCCAGCUGGAGGCACUGGCGGCCACUCGCGCCCUUGGGGAGAUGCUGGCUGUGUCCGGCUGCGUGGGUGCCACACAGGGCUUCUACCCGCACCUUCUCCUUGUGCUGGUCACACAGCUACAUGAGCUGGCCCGGGACCCAUGCCCCCCUGACAUCCCCAAGGUUUGGGCCCCAUCCCACCAAGGGCUACCGUACAGCCACGCCAGCUGCACGGUGGAGGCCUUGAAGGCCCUGCUCACCGGGGACGGCUGCCGCACGGUGGUCACGUGCAUGGAGCAGGCUGGAGGCUGGAGCAGACUGGCGGGAGCCCACACCCACCUGGAGGGAGUCCUGCUGCUGGCCAGUGCCAUGGUGGCGCAUGCCGACCACCACCUGCGAGGCCUGUUCGCAGACUUGCUGCCCCAGCUGCGCAGCGCGAAAGAUGCACAGCGCCUCACGGCUAUGGCCUUCUUCACCGGACUGUUGCAGAGCCGGCCCACCGCACGGCUUCUGCGGGAGGAGGUCAUCCUGGAGCGGCUCUGCGCUUGGCAGGGCGACCCCGAGCCCACCGUGCGCUGGCUGGGCCUGCUGGGCCUCGGCCACCUGGCGCUGGACCGCGGGAAGGUGCGUCACGUGAGCACGCUGCUGCCCGCGCUCCUGGGCGCGCUAGGCGAGGGUGACGCGCGGCUCGUGGGCGCCGCACUGGGGGCGCUGCGGAGGGUCCUGAUGCGGCCGCGGGCGCCGGUGCGGCUCCUGAGCGCGGAGCUGGGACCGCGCCUCCCACCGCUUCUGGACGACGCCCGGGACUCGGUCCGCGCCUCGGCGGUCGGGCUCCUCGGGACGCUGGUGCGGCGCGGCCGGGGCGGGCUCCGGGUGGGGCUCCGCGGCCCCCUCAGGAAGCUGGUGCUGCAGAGUCUCGUGCCGCUGCUGUUGCGACUGUACGACCCCAGCCGGGACACCAGUGAGAGCUCAGAGUGGACCCUGGCCCUCUGUGACCAGGCCCUGCGCUGGGGCCUGCUGGAGGAGAUGGUCACCGUGGCCCACUGCGACAGCCCUGAGGCCCUAAGCCGCAUCUGCCACCGCCUGGUUCAGUGGUACCCAAGUCACGUGCCCCGCUUCCUGAGCCAGACCCAGGGCUACCUGCGGAGCCCACAGGACUCCCUGCGCUGGGCAGCUGUUGUGCUCGUGGGCUUCCUGGUCCAUCACUCAAGCCCCAGCCACAUCAACCAGGACCUGCUAGACAAUCUGUUCCAGGACCUGGGGCAGCUGCAGGGUGACCCUGAGCCCACUGUGGUGGCAGCGGCACAAGCGUCCACCCAGCAGGUGGUGCUGCUGGCUCAGGUGCAGCACCCUCCCUGCCGUGGGCGCCUCCUGGGCCUCCUGCGCCUUCCCUGCCUGGGCCGGCGCCACGCCCACCCUGCCCGGCCCCCACCAGUCUAAGACAGCCCGUUUCAGCACCACCGGAGCCCUGCUGGCCCCUGGGGCUGCUCAGGACCAGGCUGAGCCCGACUGGCCCACCCUCCGGGUGGGAGCCAGGGUGCUGAGUCUGGCACCCCACCGCCCUGUGGCCAGUCUUGGCAGGGGCAGAUCUGCAGAAGAGGCCCCCCCUUGAGGGGCACCCUGGGCUCGGUGCUGGGCACCAAUGCCUGCCCCCCAGAGCCACGCAAGGCCUGUUGCACACAAAGACCCCUCUCCGGGAGCUCACCCCCCAGACAGCCCUGCGACCUAGAGGGGGCACGCACCUUCUGACGGAGCACCAUUUCACCCUCAGCCUCUUGCCUCGUGUACCCCUGGGUCCAUCUGUCCCCCCUCAGCCCCCUGCCUGGAUGACACCUGACCUCCCGGGCCGAGGCCUGGUGGGGGACACUGUGAAGCUGGCACAGCCCUGGGAGCCGGUGCCGUGAUAGGCUGCCCUCUGCCUGGGCCCUCCCGGCCACCCCAGCAGCCCAUCAGCCCUUGUCACGUGCUCCACUCCUCGCGGGCCAUGUCCUGGCCUGAGGUUCUGAGGUUCCUGGCCAAGAGCACUGAUCUGUCCUCCGGUCCACACCCGCUGCCCCGCAGCCUGGCCCCAUUCCUGCCCCUGCCCUCCCACUUACCAUGUCAGACCCCACCUGGGCCUUCUCCGGAAGCUGUCCCCUGACCUCCCCACUGGACACCACAGGCCUGAGAUGACACCUGCGGGCUCGGGUGUGGGCUGCCAGCAUUUGCAGCCCACCAGGCCGAGCUGUCGCGCUGGCACCCCAGCACCCUGCUCAGGGCUGAAUGGAGGCGUGACUGGACGUGUGGGGAAGAGGCCCCUGGGGACGCCUCCGAGGCCGUGACCCAAUCCGUCCAGACCCUGGACGGGCGGCUUCCUCCACCUUGAGGUGUCCUCUUGCCCUUUCAGGGCCCCCAAAGCUGCCUCCUCAGAGGAGGCGGCCUCAACUCACACAGCCUCUUGAAGGCUGGGGUCCUGCCCAUCCCUGUGGAAAGCGUUUAAAAUAAACACACAGA